AAAUUUAAAAGAAACGCAACGACAAUAACGAAGACGAAGUGCCAAGAAGCGGAAGCCAUUGUUAUCGAGUCAGCCAGGCCUGCUACAACCGCCUUUCUUUCCCAGCGAGAUGGAUACCACCUACGCGACUACUGGGUUCACGUCAAAGGGUGAUGGAACCGACCACGACGACGAUGUGCUAAGAGGCGGCAUCGGUGGCAGUGGCGGUAGUGGUGAAGAAGACGUCGUCCAUCAGGUCAUCUACAGAGCGAAGACACCGUCGACCACAACCGCUGUUACAGGUCCCGCCCUAGCAUUGACGGUGUGCACCGUUGGGGAUGGUCCAGAACCCUUGUACUUCCCGGGCGACGGCAUCUGCGACUUCGUGUUUUUCGAGUCACUGGCAGUGUCUCCCGAAAACAACGAUUUCGCGGUCGAGCGACAGAGUUCCGCCGUGCAUGACUUCGUCAAACAGGGACAAACUGGCCAACAAACACGAUACGGCAUGUCCGUGUCCUUCAGCGAUGCUCACAACUUCAGUGGUGCCUUCCGCACACCCAAGGGUAAGGCGGAUUACGAGAGCUACUGGACAUACAGCGUCUACGACUGGGGCUUUCUCUCCAUCGACGAGCUCCAGGUCGAAGCGAGGCCGUCCGCCGAUAUCAUCUUAGCGCUGACCACCCUCAAGGAGAUGCAAGAAUACGCAUUGUCAAAGAAUGUCCAGCCGCCCUGCACGUUUUUGGGAAUCUACCCGAGGCAGGAGCGAGUUUGCGCCGAAGUUUCGGAUUAUAUAAAGAACAUCUUCACUCCGACUGGUGUUGUUGUCUUGGGGCACCUGUCUUACAGCGACAACACCAGGUCCGAUUGCGUCAUCAUGCCGCCGGUGAACUUCGUCGACCCACGCGCUCAGAAACCCGGCAUCGGCUACGGUCACCGCAUGCGCGACGCCAUGAAGGUCGUGACCUGCCUCUGGGAACACAACGUCCGCACCAACCUGUCCCUGUCCGUCACCAUGCAAGCGCGUCGGUACAAGCUCAAAAGCGGCGUCCAGGGACAGCCGCAGUUCUACAGCGACUGCGAAGUCGACGACUACGAACAACGCACCACGGCUCAAGAGAUCUGCGACAACCCGAAUUCUGGGUACAGCACAAACAUAAAAUACGACGGCAAGUUCCAGUCCACGAUCGCUUACGACCAUGCGGGUGGUUUCGCCGUAACGUUUGAGAACCCACAUUCCUUACGUGAGAAGAUCUGCGACGCCUGGACUCCCGAAGCUUUGGAUAUUAGUUUGGGCCUGGCCGUGUACGACGUCAACUACGACCGAAGGUACACUAUGUGCUUCUCCCCGUGGAUAUUCGGUACCUGGUUUCGGUUGGGCUUCCUGCUGAAGCUACGCGAUUCCCUCUACCAGCACCGGCCCGUGACCAACAUAUACGAAUAUUGCAUCAGCAUCACGUGAUUUGCGGUAUGGGCGGUGAGAUGGAAAUAAAGGAUCGAAAAGGUCUCAAGGUAAAGACCUUAUACUUAAAUAAAUCUUAAAUCAUAAAUAAAGGAUCGAAAAGGUAAAUAUCUUAGGUACCGACCUAGGAAAGGUACGUGGGCAGAACGAUUGCAAAGAUAUGAGCGAAUAAUGCUAUAAGACGUUUUCGUUACAUUGUUUUUCGCGAGCGACAACCUGUGACCGUUUUCUUUAUAAAAGUUACCCGCAAUUGAAAAAACGGUUACAUGAGCACCUUGUCGCUUUACGUAGAAAGUUCUUUACAGGAGCAGUAUUCCUGUCACUGAAACCAAGGCAAGAAGAAUCAGAAGAAAGGUCAACACUUACUCACAGGACCAAGGUGUCACAGGCACUACAUACUCGAAUAGAUCAACACAGGACGUAAGAGGGAAGCCGCAGUCUGGUUCCAAGUUGUACUUGCUUUCUUCAGAGCAUCGAAGGCAGUUCCUCUUGACAAAACUUGGCUUGAAGCGGCGCCAUUGCUUGUUCCUACAAUGUUGGUUGGAAUAAAAACGAUGACACCUAAGCUUGCUCC